AGAGUUUGGUCACACAGGCACUUCGUUUUUUCUACACAGAGAGGAGAUCCACUGGAGUUGGUUGGACGAGCGGGUAGCGAGAAUGGGCGGAGUAAUCUCACCGGCGCCACCUUAAAAAAAAAAACAGCCGCACAGACCUGUCAAUCAACAAGCAACCCAGACAGACAUCAGCCCGGGGUGGCUGACUGUGAGCUGUGAGAGAGCAGCGUCAUAGUUGGCCGAGAGCCCCACCGUCUGGAAUGAAACGGGCGCAGCGAUUGGCUCGACUUUUUGCCCGAGACAACUCUUUCUACCCCCUUUUGUUAUUGCAAGCAAACUAGAGAAGAGCAGAGGGAGCAGCAGGAUGAACGAAGGGAGCGAGAGAGGCUGAUAGACUGAUAACAGUCGAGACAGACAGCUCCACAGAGAGAGGGGUAAAGGGGGAAAUACAUUUGGAAUACUGCUUCAGAUCUCCCUCUACUUAUUUGUCCAGUUCUCCUGUUGAUUUGGAGAUGUCAGUGAACCCCCCCAACAGCAACGAUGCCUGUCUGAGCAUCGUGCACAGCCUCAUGUGCCACCGACAGGGCGGUGAGAACGAGGGCUUUGCCAAGCGUGCCAUAGAGAGCCUGGUGAAGAAGCUGAAGGAGAAGAAGGAUGAGCUGGACUCGCUCAUCACCGCCAUCACCACCAACGGAGUUCAUCCCAGCAAGUGUGUCACUAUCCAGAGGACGCUUGAUGGACGCCUGCAGGUAGCUGGGAGGAAAGGGUUCCCCCAUGUGAUCUACGCUAGGCUCUGGCGCUGGCCAGACCUCCACAAGAAUGAACUGAAGCAUGUCAAGUUCUGCCAGUUCGCCUUUGACCUCAAGUAUGACAACGUGUGUGUCAACCCCUACCACUAUGAGAGAGUGGUAUCGCCAGGCAUCGUUGGUCUCAGCAUUCAAAAUGCAGGUGAGGAGGAAAACACUAUUUUCAGCAUCGUCAAACAUCAUCAAAAUGGUCGGCUGAUCAAAGAGGAGUACAUCCAUGACUGUUUUGAGAUGGACCUCCCCUCCAGGAUGCCCCCCCAGCCCGAGCGCUACAACCAGCCCCUCCCCCCUCUGCAGAUGCCCCCUGAGUCGCCCCGCGCCCCAUCCUCCGUCACCCUCUACCCCAGCAUGCCUCUCUCUCCGCAAGUGAGCAGCUCCAUGAUGGGGCCCAUGUCUGGGUGCCACGGCGAGGGCUUGCUCCAGAUCGCCUCUCCCCAGAGCCAGGGCAUGCCCCAGACGCCGCCCCCCACCACCCCCACACAUGAACCACCCCCCCUGCCCCGUACCCCUCACAGCCAGAGUGACUACAGCAGCAGCUCCAAACACACACAGACACAGAGCUCUUAUCACACGACCUGGACAGGCACCAGCACGGCCUCCUAUACCCCUGUAGGACCCCAGCAGAAUGGGCGAGGCCACCAGCAACCACCACUGCACCACCCCAACCACUUCUGGUCUCAGCAACAUCACAGCGCACCCGCCUUUCCUCAGCCAGUCUCCAACCAUCCAGGUCCAGAGUUCUGGUGCUCCAUCUCCUACUUUGAGAUGGACAUCCAGGUGGGGGAGAUGUUCAAGGUCCUGGCUAACUGCCCCGUGGUGACAGUGGACGGAUACGUGGACCCCUCGGGGGGCGACCGCUUCUGUCUGGGCCAGCUCAGCAACGUGCACCGCACCGACGCCAGCGAGAGAGCCAGGUUGCACAUUGGGAAGGGGGUGCAGUUGGAGUGUCGUGGUGAGGGGGAUGUGUGGAUGCGUUGCCUUAGCGACCAUGCAGUGUUCGUACAGAGCUACUACCUGGACCGGGAGGCGGGGCGAGCCCCGGGAGACGCAGUUCACAAGAUCUACCCCGGGGCCUACAUGAAAGUGUUUGACCUGCGUCAGUGCCACAGGCAGAUGCAGCAGCAGGCAGCCACGGCACAGGCUGCAGCAGCAGCUCAGGCUGCAGCAGUGGCAGGCAACAUCCCAGGGCCUGGCAGUGUGGGGGGAAUCGCCCCGGCAGUCAGUCUGUCGGCAGCAGCCGGGAUAGGUGUGGAUGACCUGCGGCGACUGUGUAUCCUGCGGCUCAGCUUUGUGAAGGGCUGGGGGCCCGACUACCCCCGGCAGAGCAUCAAGCACACCCCCUGCUGGGUGGAGGUCCACCUGCACCGCGCCCUGCAGCUGCUGGAUGAGGUGCUGCACACCAUGCCUCUGGCCGACCUAGGAGGACACGGACAUGUCAACUAAGCAAUGUGGGUGUGUGUGAGAGAGAGGUGGCGGUGUCUCAGUUGCUCGGUUUGGAUGAUAACAGCCCUUCAUGAACACUACAGUACGUUUUGGAUUGAAUACCUUUUUUCCUCGCCACCUGAAAAGAAGACUGUAGGCUUUAAUAGAAACUUGUAUCGAACUUCUAUCAAAAAGGUAUUUUCAUGGUUUUAUAUAUUUUCCUGUUUGAAUCGCCAGAUUUUCCUGAAGCAGUUUAGGCUGCAAAAUGUACUUGCUCAACAGCCAAUCUUUUCACAGAGACUGGAACUUGCACUAAAGGCAUCAAUGCUUUCUAGUAGUGGUAGAGACUGUAAGGGAUGGACUGUGUCACAACAAUGGAAACUGGCCUCGCACCGCCAAUGACCUGGUAAUCUGCCUGGAUAAAAACACUUUGGGAACUGUUCAGAAAGUCAGAAUGAUAGCACAUGUGCUGCAGUGGAUUCUCACUUAAGCAGUGUUGGAAUGAUGCCUUGAUUACAGGGCAGCAGACUCAGACAGGUAUAUUGCAUCUGGAGAAUGCUGCUGUCCUUUAACUGCCUUCAGUAGGGUCUGUUUGUUCUUAAGGGAGAAAUUGAAAUAAUAGUCGCCACAAUCUCCAUCAACCUUUUCUCUUAUCAGUCUUUUUCAUCAACCUGCAUCAUGUGACUCAGUUAUAUUUAUAGUGAACAAAAAUAUAAACGCAAUAUGUUAAGUGUUGGUCCCAUGUUUCAUGAGGUGAAAUAAAAGAUCCCAGAA